AUCCAUGAUAUUAACCUUAUUCAAGCAAUUCUUCUGCUCCCCUUUCCGUUUUAGAGAGAGAAACAAACUAAUCUGGAUUAUUCAAUAAAUACAUACAUACAGAAGAUGCACAAAUUAUACAUACAAAAUUGGGAAAAGAUGAAGUUUGGCGACAAUGGAAACACAAACACCCUAGGGUUUAUGUAAUCUGAAUCACCAAUACACAAUCUCUCUCUCCCCCUCUCUUUCCCUCUCUCCCUCUCUCUCGUGUAUAUAUAGAGAUAGAUAUGGCGACGCCAUUGUCAGGGAUUCAACACGGAGGAGGCGUAGCGGUAAUGGCAGGCGCGACGAGCCAGCUGGAAUUGUCGAACAAGAGGAGUUGUUCGAAGAGUUCGGCGUCGCCAAUUAGGAUAUUUUUGUUCUUUCAUAAGGCUAUUAGGUCUGAGUUAGAUGCGCUCCACCGAGCUGCUAUGGCGUUUGCUAGUGACGUUUCGACUGAUAUUAAGCCUUUGUUGGAGAGAUAUCACUUUCUUCGAUCCAUUUAUAAGCAUCACUGCAAUGCGGAGGAUGAGGUUAUCUUUCCAGCUCUUGAUAUCCGUGUGAAAAAUGUGGCGCGGACUUAUUCCUUGGAGCAUGAGGGAGAAAGUUUUCUUUUCGAUCAACUCUUUACACUGCUUGAUCCAAAUAUGCAUAAUGAAGAAAGUUGCAGGAGGGAACUAGCCUCAUGUACAGGAGCUCUGGAAACAUCAAUUAGCCAGCACAUGUCCAAGGAAGAAGAGCAGGUUUUCCCGCUGUUGACUGAAAAGUUUUCAUUUGAAGAGCAAGCUUCAUUGGUAUGGCAGUUUUUGUGCAGCAUUCCUGUGAACAUGAUGGCUGAAUUUCUUCCUUGGCUUUCUUCCUCUAUAUCCUCUGAUGAACGCCAGGAUAUGCGCAAGUGGUUUCGCAGAGUGAUCCCAAAAGAGGAACUGCUUCAACAGAUUAUUUUCACUUGGAUGGAUGGGGAAAAGAUUAAUAAGAAGCGUAAAAGUUGUAUAGAUCAUUCUGAGCUCAAAAGUUCUUCAGAUUUUGAGGCUAGCACCUCCAUAUGUUUGGUUGAUAAAGGCCAGUGUCCUUGUGAAUCUUCAAACACCGGAAAAAGAGAGAUUUUGUUACCAGACAGCUGUCCUGCAAAUUCCACUCUGGACCGACCAGUAGAUGAAAUAUUGCAUUGGCACAAGGCAAUAAAAAGUGAGUUGAAUGAUAUCGCUGAAGCAGCUAGAACGAUACAGCUAUCUGGAGAUUUUUCUGAUCUAUCCACAUUUAAUAAAAGGCUGCAAUUUAUUGCCGAAGUUUGUAUAUUCCAUAGCAUUGCUGAGGACAAAGUUAUAUUUCCGGCUGUAGAUGCAGAACUUUCUUUUGCCCAGGAGCAUGCAGAAGAAGAAAGUGAGUUUGAGAAGUUUAGAUGCUUGAUUGAAAGCAUAGAAAGUGCCGGAGCCAACUCAUCUUCCGCGGAAUUUUAUUCAAAGUUGUGUUCACAUGCUGAUCAUAUAAUGGGCACUAUAGAGAAGCAUUUUCAUAAUGAGGAAGUUCAGGUUCUUCCACUUGCGCGGCAGCAUUUUAGUCCUAGAAGACAGCGAGAACUUCUGUAUCAGAGCUUGUGCGUGAUGCCCUUGAGACUGAUUGAGUGCGUCUUACCAUGGCUGGUAGGUUCACUAAGUGAAGAAGAAGCGAGGUCAUUCCUUUAUAAUAUGCAUAUGGCAGCCCCAGCCUCAGACAUUGCUCUGGUUACCCUUUUUUCUGGCUGGGCAUGUAAAGGUCGUCCAAGUAAUGUUUGUUUGUCUUCAACUGCAACUGGCUGUUGUCCUGCCAAAUUGCUAACAGGAUGCAAAGAAGGGUCUGCUAAACCAUGUGCUUGUACCUCAUUCAUGCCUGUCCAAGGUAUUUCUUUAGGCCAAAAAGAAAAUCAGGAGAGUCAAGUCAAGAGUGGGAACUCAUUGCAAAGGGAUGAAAAGGAUGCCAGUGACCAUCCAGGCUCCACAAACAUAUCGAAAGUAUCUUUUAGUAGUCAGUCAUGUUGUGUGCCUGGAUUAGGAGUCAAUAGCAAUAAUUCACUUGCUACAGCCAAAUCCCUGCGUUCAUUAGCAUUCAGUCCCAGUGCUCCUUCCCUUAAUUCCAGUCUCUUUAAUUGGGAGACAGACGUGAGCUUGACGACUAUUGGGCAUGUGACGAGACCUAUUGACAACAUUUUUAAGUUUCACAAGGCCAUUAGCAAAGAUCUAGAAUUUCUGGAUGUUGAAUCUGGAAAACUUAAUGAUUGUAGUGAGGCUGUUCUCAGGGAGUUCAAUGGCAGGUUCCGUUUGUUGUGGGGAUUAUAUAGAGCUCACAGUAAUGCAGAGGAUGAUAUUGUGUUCCCUGCACUAGAAUCAAGAGAGACCCUUCACAAUGUUAGUCACUCUUACACAUUGGACCACAAACAGGAAGAGGAACUGUUUGAGAAUAUUUCUUCCACACUUGCGGAACUUUCAGAACUUCAUCGAAAUAUAAUGACUGUAAGGUCAAACAGACAUAUCUCUGUUUCUUCUGAUCACAACGAUAAUUUGCAAAGAUACAAUGAACUAGCGACGAGGGUUCAGGGAAUGUGCAAGUCCAUCAAAGUAACCCUAGAUCAACAUAUUUUGCGUGAAGAACUUGAACUCUGGCCUUUAUUUGACAGACAUGUUUCUUUGGAGGAGCAAGAUAAGCUUGUUGGCCGUAUAAUUGGUACUACAGGUGCAGAAGUGCUACAGUCUAUGUUGCCAUGGGUAACUUCUGCCCUUACUCAGGAGGAGCAAAAUAAAAUGAUGGACACGUGGAAGCAAGCAACUAAGAACACCAUGUUUAGUGAAUGGCUUGAUGAAUGGUGGGAAGGAAAUCCUUCAGCAUCUUCACAGGCAUCAUCAUCAAAUGAUGCUAAUCUCGAAGGUACUGAUAUCCAUGAAGCUCCGGACCAAAGUGACAAUACCUUUAAGCCUGGCUGGAAAGAUAUUUUUCGAAUGAAUCAAAAUGAACUUGAGUCAGAGAUAAGAAAGGUUUCUCGGGAUAUAACUCUUGACCCAAGAAGGAAGGACUAUCUAAUUCAAAAUCUUAUGACUAGUCGUUGGAUAGCUGCUCAACAGAAGCUACCUCAGGCAAGAACCAGCGAAGCUUCAGAAGGUGAGGAUCUAGUUGGAUGCUCUCCAUCAUAUCGUGAUCCGGAGAGAGAAAUUUUUGGGUGUGAACAUUACAAACGAAACUGCAAGGUUCGUGCUGCUUGUUGUGGCAAAUUAUAUACGUGCAGAUUCUGCCAUGACAAAGUCAGUGACCACUCGAUGGAUAGGAAGGCUACUACAGAGAUGAUGUGCAUGAAGUGCUUGGAAAUUCAGCCGGUUGGACCAGUGUGUGCAACACCAUCUUGCAAUGGAUUCUCAAUGGCAAAGUACUAUUGCAGCUACUGCAAAUUUUUUGAUGAUGAAAGGACAGUUUAUCACUGCCCAUUUUGCAAUUUGUGCCGGCUGGGAAGAGGGCUUGGUGUUGAUUUCUUUCAUUGUAUGACGUGCAAUUGCUGUCUGGGAAUAAAAUUGUUGGACCACAAAUGCAGGGAGAAAAGUCUAGAAACGAACUGCCCUAUAUGCUGUGAUUUUAUGUUCACAUCAAGUGAAAGUGUCAGAGCACUUCCUUGUGGCCAUUAUAUGCAUUCAGCUUGCUUUCAGGCAUAUGCUUGCACUCAUUACAUCUGUCCAAUAUGUAGCAAAUCAAUGGGAGAUAUGUCUGUUUACUUUGGAAUGCUUGAUGCUUUAAUGGCUUCUGAGGUGCUGCCAGAGGAAUAUCGAGGUCGCUGCCAGGAUAUAUUGUGCAAUGACUGUGACAAAAAAGGAAAUGCUGCUUUUCACUGGCUAUAUCACAAGUGCGGGUUCUGUGGAUCAUACAAUACCAGAGUCAUCAAGGUUGACAGAAACCCAGAUUGUGUGAAUUAAGUAGGUAAAAUAGGGACUCGCUCACAAUAGUGUUCGAGGCUUGUAUCUUGAUAUUGCAAAAGUUACGUAGCCUUGUAAAAAGCUCCAUGACCCGGUAGUUUAAUAUUUAGCCACUGUAUGAUACUGAAGUCUUUGUCAAGUACAAGUGCUUAAGAGUUGGGGGUUAUCCACUGGUCAUUUGGUCUUUGUUUCAUCUAUAUAGUCCAGGGAGAAGCCUCCUAGGCUGGCAAUUGCAUGGUUGCAUCCUAAUAAGAUUGGAUUUUUCCUCGUUAAUAUCUUGGAUCCUUUUUCAGAGAGAGUCAUCGUAUAAAUUGUUAUGGUAAGCAGGAAGUACACUGUGUUUCUACUGACCAACAAACUCACAUGUUUGGUAGUUGGUACCUUCAUUUCUAGUUUUUGUUCAGUAUUCUAUUCUUUCGUUCAUUACCUUGCACCACGGUUCUUUGUACAGAGAAUCUGUCAUUUUUUCCCAGUGAACUAUGAAAAUUAUGGUACAUGGAUUAUGUAUGUAUAUCUUUUGUACCGAUCAGGAUAAGUUUGUAUA